AUCAUAAAAAACUCUAGAGCCUUUGUUGACGUUGGUGAUGGAGUAGGUAUUUCCACAAAGUCUGAAAGCUAUCUCAAAAACAUCCAUGCGUCGAAUGGAUAUAUAACAAGCCCAAUACCAGCCUCCAACACCUUUUGAAGUCAAGAGCAGCAACCUGUUCCUCCUCACCAAUAAGUAAGAAUACCUCAUCACUACAAACCACAUGUACCGACCCAACACAGCCAACACAGCCAAGACCACCACCACCAAGUACACUCCUUACCACGACCCCUGGCCACACGUCAAACCCCUUCCCCUCUACAACCAAGCCAAGAGAGACAAAGACAUGGACAACCACUACCGCCUAGCACUCACAAGCACUAGAAACCAAGAAAGCUGGUGGCGGAAGCUGUUAAGGAAUGUUAUCUGCUUGCCACUGAUGUUGUUGAGCGGUACUGAUCAUGGCUGGCAAGUAUGGAAAGUGUAG